GUCAAGUUGCCUUUAAAAGGUCAGCUAGCCUGACAGCUGCAAGUUUCAUCUAUGUUUUUGCUCAUUUAGCGCCAAAUUUUGACGCCUUAUUCCAAUUUUGCUGACAACUUGGGACGGUUAUCAUUAUGGCUGUGAUUGGCACACAGCUGGUGGUUUCCAUGGUGAUGGCCAGCAUCAUCCAGAAGCUGCAGCCGCACUUCUCAGCCGCCAGGUGGCUCCUCAGUAGAAGACUAGUGCGGUACCUGCACCCCACAGACGAUCACCUGAGAGAGCUGGCAGGGAUACAGGCACCCAAGGGCAAGGGCAGGAAAAGGGAUGAAAGAAGAGCAGAUGGAAAGACAGACAAGGAGUUCACCGUGCCAUGUAACAUCAACCUGGAACUGGAGACAGCCAAGGUGGAGAGAGUGGACAUCAUAGGUAGGGAAUUCCUUUUCUUUCCUUUUUCCCCUUCCUUUCUUCCUGUCUUCCUUCCUUCCUUCUGGUCUGCAGUUCUAUGUAGAGUAUCAGUGGCUGAUAGACUUCUCAGCCUGUGCUCUAGUGAUCUACAUGCUCACAGAAGGGUACUACAGUCUGGUACACCAUUCAUUCUUUAAUCCUUCUUCUUCCCUCCUUCCCCAGGUCUACAGUUCUAUGUAGAGUAUCAGUGGCUGAUAGACUUCUCGGCCUGUCUACAGUUCUAUGUAGAGUAUCAGUGGCUGAUAGACUUCUCAGCCUGUCUCCAGUUCUAUGUAGAGUAUCAGUGGCUGAUAGACUUCUCGGCCUGUGCUUUAGUGAUCUACAUGCUCACAGAAGGGUACUACUACUUCGCACAGCCCAGAGCAGAAGUCAAUCUCAGUGUCAUCUGGUGUCUCGUGGUUGUGGUCUUCAUCCUGUCGUUACUGUUAAGCCUGACGUCAGCGUACUUUACCGGGGACGACAGCGGGGAGAGGUCCAUCUGUCUGGUGUUUGGGUUCUUCUUCCUGCUGGUCUCCAUGGCAGCACUCAUCACUAGUGAGAACAUACUGGAGUUUGGACUGGAUAGAGCCUAUGCCAGUCUGUCUGACACUAUCGGUGGGUUUCUCGACUCACAAGGGGUGGAAACAAGUACUGCCAGCUCCCCAAGCUCCAAGUUGAUGUUUAAGGGCGUUCUGGCCGUGUACUCAGCCCUGGUCGGAGCUUUCCUCACCUUCAGUGGACUCCGUUUCGGCAAGAUGCACCAAGACUCACUCCAGUACAGCAAGGAGAGCCCACUGCUACAGCUGCUGCUGCACUUGAACUUCCUGUGGCCUCUGGUGGUGGUUCUGCUGUGGGUGAAACCACUGGCCAGGGGGUACGUCCUGCACCCCCCCUCACUGGGGGGUAACAGCACUGUGCCUGUAGAACCUCUGAUGAGUGAACCCUGGUUUGAGACCAGUCGGCUGUACACCAUUAUUUUCUGCGUGGUCUUGCGACUUGUGCUGAUGCACCGCUACCUGCAGUCAUACCUGAACAUGGCCCACCAGAGAAUAGAACACGUCAAGAAACAAGCUGGCAGGAUAAGUAACAUGGAGAUACAGAAAAGGAUUGUCCGAGUGUUUUUCUAUCUCUGCGUGGUAGCUGUGCAGUAUUUGGCACCCGUCGUAUUACUUCUAUUUUACACCCUUCUCCUCAAAACUUUAGGUGAAUACUCGUGGACAGGGACCCAUGUUCCAGAUUCUGGAAACCUGACUAAAAACUUCACAGAUUUCCCCUCACUACAACAGGUUGCCGGAGACGAUGAACCUGUGAAGCAGGCAGCCCAGCAGCUGACCUUGGCCUUUGCCAGUCUCAGAAACAUCUUCUCAGCCGUGUUCUUCAGAGGGGUGGUCUCCUACCUGUGUUGGUGGUCUGCCACCGCAGUUUUUGUCACCACCGCAUUCGGAAUGAUCUACCACUCAGUGUUCAACAUAUAGGAGUAUUUGCAUUACAUAAUUUUUU